CUCUCCCAAGGAAAACAAAACUGUCUAGCAAUAAAAACCAAAAUGAGCAUGUAUAGAGUGACUCAACACGAUAUGUCUUAUCAGGAGAUAAGAGGGGGAUACUGGAAGAAGGGGAGGAUCAGAGAAAUCAGGAUCAAACAGGGUUUUUACACAAUGCAGAAUAUUAACCCCUUAGGUUUCACAGUGAGUAUAACAAGCAUGCUUUACUGCAGGGGCGGACUGACAACUCAUGGGGCCCCCGGGCAAUAGGGGAUCAUGGGGCCCCCUGUGUCCUUGCCCAAACUCAAAAAAGCCUAU